AUGAAACCAGGAGGCUUCUGGCCACAUCUCGCCCUGCUUGGGGUCUCCCUGCCAGCUGUGCUGGGAUGGAUGGACCUCGGAGCCAGCAGAAGCCCCAGUGUGGUUCUGAGAGAGUCCCAGGCAGAGGAAACGAGAGACUUUGAAGUCGCAAGAAAAGAAGGUCUUCCUAGCCCUGGACUGUCGGCUUCCUGUGGGAAGAAACCCUGCAGCCCUGGGAGCAGGUGCUCGCUCAAUAGGGCCACAGGGCAGCCCUCAUGCCACUGUGUGGAGGCGUGCAGGCCCCGCUACAUGCCUGUGUGCGGCUCCGAUGGGAGGCUCUAUGGGAACCACUGUGAGCUUCGCCGUGCAGCCUGCCUGCUGGGCAAAAGAAUCGUCAGCGUACACAGCAAGGACUGCUUCCUCAAAGGAGACAUGUGCACCAUGGCUGGCUACGCUCGUCUCAAAAACGUCCUCCUGGCGCUCCAGAGCCGCCGACAGCCACUCCAACAAGGAACCAACAGGCAGAACCUCGCCUCUCAGAAGCGCCUCUUGGUGGAGUCGCUAUUUAAGGACUUGGAUACCGAUGGCAGUGGCCACCUCAGCAGCUUGGAGCUGGCUCAGUAUGUGCUAAAGGAGCAGGAUCUGGAUGGUUCCCUGAAGGGAUGCUCACCGAGCGAUCUCCUGCGUUUUGAUGACUAUAAUACCGAUGGCUUCUUGACCCUUGGAGAGUUCUACACAGCCUUCCAGGUGAUUCAGCUGAGCCUCGCCCCUGAGGAUGAGGUCAGUGUGACCACAGUGACGGUGGGGCUGAGCACGGUGCUGACCUGCGCUAUUCGUGGAGACCUGAGGCCACCAAUCAUCUGGAAGCGCAAUGGGCUCACUCUGAGCUUCCUGGGCCUGGAAGACAUCAACGACUUCGGAGAGGAUGACUCCCUUUACAUCACCAAGGUGACCACAAUCCACAUGGGCAACUACACCUGCCAUGCCUUGGGCCACGAGCAGCUGUUCCAGACCCACGUCCUGCAGGUGAAUGUGCCACCAGUCAUCCGCGUCUAUCCAGAGACCCAGGCGCAAGAGCCUGGAGUAGCCGCCAGCCUGCGAUGCCAUGCUGAGGGCAUUCCCAUGCCCAGAAUCAUUUGGUUGAAAAAUGGCAUGGAUGUCUCAGCCCAGAUGUCCAAACAGCUCUCCCUCUUAGCCAAUGGAACUGAACUCCAUAUUGGCAGCGUUCGCUAUGAAGACACGGGGGCAUAUACGUGCAUUGCCAAGAAUGAAGUGGGCGUGGACGAAGAUAUCUCCUCCCUCUUCAUUGAGGACUCAGCUAGGAAGACCUUAGCAAACAUCUUGUGGCGGGAAGAAGGCCUCAGCGUGGGAAACGUGUUCUAUGUCUUCUCCGACGACGGCAUCGCUGUCAUCCACCCUGUGGACUGUGAGGUCCAGAGACGCCUGAGGCCUGCAGAGAAGAUCUUCAUGAGUUAUGAAGAAAUCUGUCCUCACAGAGAAGGAGAUGUCACCCAGCCUUGCCAGUGGGCGUCUGCAGUCAACGUCAGGAACCGGUACAUCUACGUGGCCCAGCCAGCACUGAACAGAGUCCUUGUAGUUGAUGUUCAAGCCCAGAAAGUCUUACAGUCCAUAGGUGUGGACCCUCUGCCGGCUAAGCUGUCCUACGACAAGUCACAUGACCAAGUGUGGGUCCUGAGCUGGGGAGAUGUGCACAAGUCCCAGCCAAGCCUGCAGGUGAUCACCGAAGCCAGCGCUGGCCAGGGCCAGCACCUCAUCCGAACGCCGUUUGCAGGAGUGGACGACUUCUUCAUACCCCCAACCAAUCUCAUCAUCAACCACGUCAGGUUUGGCUUCAUCUUCAACAGGUCUGACCCUGCUGUCCACAAAGUUGACCUGGAGACUCUGAUGCCUCUCAAGACCAUCAGCCUGAAGCACCAUAGCUGCACGCCUCAAGCCAUGGCACACACCCACCUGGGCGGCUACUUCUUCGUGCAGUGCCGACAGGACACCCCUACCUCCACCAGCCCACAGCUGCUCAUUGACAGCGUCACAGACUCGGUGCUGGGCCCUAACACUGACGUCACAGGCACCCCCCACGUGUCCCCUGAUGGACGCUUCAUCGUCAGUGUCUCCAACAAGGGCCCCUGGCUGCACGUGCAGGAGGUCACAGUGAGGGGGGAAAUCCAGACCCUAUAUGACCUCAAAAUAAGCCCGGGCAUCUCAGACUUGGCAUUUCAGCAUUCCUUCACGGAAGGCAAUCAGUAUAACGCCUACGCCACUCUCGACAAGGAGCCAGACCUGCUGUUCCUUGAGCUGUCUACCGGGAAGAUGGGGAGGCUGAAGAACUUAAAGGAGCCACCCACCGGGCCAGCCCCACCCUGGGGUGGACCCCGCAGAAUCCUGAGGGACAGCGGGCUCUUUGGACAGUACCUCCUCACACCCGCUCAAGAGUCGCUGUUCCUGAUCAAUGGGAGAAGAAACGCCCUGAGAUGCGAGGUGUCGGGCGCAAAGGGUGCGGCCGCAGUGGUGUGGGUCGGGGAGGUAUGAAAGGGUCCAGUAAGGAACCGAGCUCGGGUCCAGGAGUACCACCUUAGUCCUGACAACACAGCCCCAACCAGGCGCACUGUACAUUUUCACAGACAAAAAAGCCAAACCCUGUACUUCGCUUUGUGGUUCAACACUGAUCUCCUUGCAAGUUCCCUAAUAGAAGGUACACACAGCAACCAAGAUCCGGGGGUUUCCAUUCAGAAGUAUGAUGUAAUACCUUGAGCCGUGGUGAGAACACAUGCUGC